GGUUAUGUGGCGCGGCGUCGUCUAGGAUCGGCCCGAGUCAUUAUUCGAUCGACUCCUGAUCACUUAGAUAAGUACCCGUCCCGACCUCUCAUCCCUCUUUUCUAUCCCCAACUUCAUUGUCCCUCCCUCCCACUUCUGACCUCCCAGACCUGCCGUCCCUACCACGGCCUUGUCGUAUGAGCGGCCUUCGGACCUCGUCGACCUUCCACGCGUUUGCUAGGAAGUUACCCACCCCCACCAGCAGCCAUCAGUACAGAGGAUAUUUACCAAGGCAAGUUCGCGCGGUUUUACCCGUCUUCCAACUAUCCUUUGGCUUUGAUACCUUCUCCUUGCGCUACUACACGACAUCUUAGCUCUCCUAUGCGCCCUGUCCCGAGUUAACCCGCUGCCUCUCGCAAUAUAGAGGAAGAACCAUGGCGGCUUACAACAUCAACUCCGUCUUUAAGCUAAACAGCGGGUAUGAAAUCCCGCGCCUGGGCUUCGGCGUAUACCAAACUCCGCCAGAUGGUACCAAGAAGGCCUGUCUUGAGGCGCUCGGGGUCGGCUACCGCCACAUCGACUCCGCUGUCGUCUACCGAAACGAGGCCGGCUGCGGCGAGGCCAUCCGCGAGAGCAAGCUGCCGCGGUCCGAGAUCUUCUACACCACCAAGAUCCCGACCAAGUUUAUGGGCUACAAGGCGGCCAAGGCCCAGAUUGACACGAGCCUGAAGACGGCCGGCCUCGACUACCUCGACCUCGUGCUCAUCCACGCCCCCUACGGCGGAUCUGCUAACCGGAAAGGCACGUGGAAGGCCCUCGUGGAGGCUGUCGAGGAAGGCAAGGUGCGGUCCAUCGGCGUCAGCAAUUACGGCAUCCAUCACCUGGAUGAGUUGGAGACGCACAUCGCGGAGCUUGAGGCGGAGCGGGGUGGUAAGGGCAAGGGCGGAGUCCUGUCGGUGGGCCAGUACGAGAUCCAUCCGUGGUGCGCGCGCAACGAUGUGGCGGAGUGGCUCAAGGCCCGCGGCGUCGCCGUCGAGGCAUACUCGCCAAUCGUACAGGGCACGCGGUUCGGCGACGCGACCCUCGCGCGCCUCGCGGCUAAGUACGGCAAGUCCGAGGCCCAGGUGCUGAUCCGCUGGAGCCUGCAGAAGGGCUAUAUCCCGCUACCCAAGAGCGUCACGCCCGCUCGCAUCGCCGAGAACGCGGCCCUGUACGACUUCGACAUCUCGGCCGACGACCUGGCCGCCCUUGAGACCGACGAGUACAAGCCUGUCUGCUGGGACCCCGUCACGAGCGGCCUCGACGCCUGAUUUAUCUCUUCGCUUUCUCUCCCCGUUGUCCUUCCGCCGUCGGUCGAGAGAUACCUGCUGAGCUUGGGGCUAUGUAACGUAACGUAGGUACCUACUAGCCUCGAGGGUUCGCGAGAGCUGUGUCUCUCAUGUCAUAGAGAAUGAGCCCAUCGGGAUAUAGAUUUGGGCGGACAAAGGGCGUAUACCUCUAUGAUGUAGGUAUGAUUAAAGUAUAAGGCGAAGAAGGGGGACGCGGAGAAAAGUUUUUAAAUCUCGACUCGAACUAUCAGCAUCAAUCAAGAUUGCCUUCUCUGGGGACCCCCCGUCAGUUUAACAUCCAUUUCUAGCUGCAAGCAUCUAGAACACUAUAGGGCCAGCUAGGUCCGAUUAGGCAUGACCAUCGAGCAUCGGAGCUAGUUAAAUAUACGGCACGGGCACGCGCAGGUGUAAGAAAGGGUAGGAGAACGAGAGGGUACCUAGAGGCGGCGUAUGUCCGCACGAUGGAACAUGAUAUUGCGAAUAUCGAAGGCUUCGGCUCUCUCUCUGUCUCAACUUCUUAGCUUCUUCCUACAACGCGGUGCGAGUCGAGGACAUUGUCCAACUCCCCCAUCCAAAAGAACCGCAGUAUGAACUCGAAGCCGGCCACGAACAGACGUUCACUCUGCUUACGAGCCGCCGAUUGCCGAGUGGCGUUGAC